UCAAGGUGAAAUUAAUGCAUUUUGACGUACCAAGAUAUCUGAGGAAUCCACAAAGUCAAACGGAUUGUACAUUCCGUCGCAUCGGUGGAACCACAGAAUCGAUUUAUCAAUUUGAUCGUAACACAAGUAGUUUAAUGCCAUACACCAAAGAUGAACUUAUUGAGAAUAAGCUUCAUAGGCUUUGUUAUGCCUCUAAUCUUAGUUAAUAUCGCAAACAGCGAAGAAGUGGAAGUAUUUACAAUACAAACAGUAUCUGAGGAUGCUAUCAAUGAAGAAGAAAGUAAGCAGGUUCAUACAGAUGAAACGAAUGAGUCGGCGAACGUAAAUGCCGAUGUUCCAGUAAAUGUCACGGUCUCAACCAAUACUACUAAAGUUAAUUGCUCGUCGGAGAAGAUCUACGGUCCUGUUGAGAUUGUCAAUGCGACUAGACUCAUGGAGCUAUUGAUCUUGGAUCCUGGCCCCUCAAAUCGUUCCAGAAACGACAAAGACGGUAAACAGUUACCAGGAACGUGCGUUCUAGUGUUAUUCUAUGCCCGAUGGUGCGUAUUCAGCAGCCAAGCUGCGCCGCAUUUUAACGCUAUACCUCGCUCGUUUCCCCACGUUAAAGCCGUAGCCAUCGACGCUAUAAAACACCAAAGCGUAAGAAAAUACAUCGCUUUCAGCUUCAAUGCUCAAUACGGAAUAGUUGGGGUGCCGACGCUGAUGCUGGUUCACAACGGCAAGCCUGUCGCCAAAUUCAACGACACGACCUAUACCCUGGAGUCGUUCGCCAAGUUCGUGUCUCAUCUGACGAACCUGCAGCCGAACGGCUCGCUGUACGUUACGUCGGCGGACUUUACGGGGCCGGUUUCGAGCACGCCCUCCAACGAGACGGACUAUUGUCUGGUGCUGUCGUGGGUCUUCAUAGUUGCCUGCGCGCUGUACUUCACAUCGCGUAGCAGAUGGUGGCAACAGUUCGUUGAGCUUAUUCAGAAUACCUGGCUCGAGAGUAACGAAGAGCACGAGCAUGCUGAUUGAGAAAGGCAGACUAAUUGCUGAAUUAUUUAUUCAUUUUGUAAACUUGUAAAUAGGAAGAA